GUUUGACAGGCCAAGAUUUCACAUUAAACCUCUCUCUGGAUCUUUCGACCUUCAAGUGCUAAGUGCUGUAGUAUGUCUGUUUUGAGAGUGUAUCUGAACUGGGUGAACUCUGUACUAAGCGACACAGGGCGGCAGGUGGAGGGACUAGCUGACGUCCAGAAAGGGGAGGUGUUGUGUCAACUGCUCAAUAUCCUUAGUCCUGGAGCAGAUCUUCACUACACAGUCACAGCUGGGGGUGAGGUAGAGGGGCAGGGGACGAUUCUCAGGUACCUGGACCAGGUCAUUUCCUACCUGACCAAGCAUGGAGUAAAGCUCAGUUUGACCAGUCAAGAUGUUAUUCAGGGAGAUGUGAAGUCCAUAUUGGACCUUUUGUGGGCUAUCAUACUUCAUUUUACAGUCCAUAAUCCAAAAAGAAGUGUUGAUAAAAGAACCAUCAGAAAUGGGAAGAAAUUGAUUCUGAAGUGGUGUUGUAAACAACUGCCAUCAGGAGUCUGGAACCCGCAGAAAACUGUGACAAACAACCUUUGUAGUCAUGAGAACUUUUCGAAGCUUCUGCAGCAAGUUUGUGGCAGUCCAGUGAAGAGCACUACAGAGGAUAAAGAAGAACAGAUUCUGAGUCUGCUGUCUCAAGUGGAAUCGAAAUACAAAGUCAAAGGGGAGAUAAUCAAACCUAAGGAGUUACUAGAUGGUACAAUAGAGGACCAUGACCUGUUGAUAUACAUUGCUCUGCUGCGUUGGAGGAUAGGAGAGACACAGGAUUCAGAGAGCUCGUCGGAAGAAAAUAGCACAAGGACAAGCGAUGCUCUGCAAGAUAACUCGAGUUUUCAUCCGAGUGAUCUAGGAAGAAGAAUCUACCCCAUGUCCACAGAAGACAACCAGUCUGGUGUGCCACUGUCGGUUAUGCUUAAAAGUUACACUAAUGGACAAGAUAAUAACCACAGUUACAUGAACAAAAUGUCUGAUAAGAAAUUUGUCACUUUCUCUGGUGAGAAUGAUAGUCUGCUUGAGAAAGGAAAAAACUGUUCAGCAGGAAGUCUGAGGCUUUCGAGGCCUAACAGUGCACCUACAUCAAGAUUUUCAGGUUCAGAAAGCAACACUUCUGGAAAAAGUGGCGCUGGCAGAUUUGUCAGAAGUUUUUCUCCUUCACGGUAUGCAAAAAGUUUCGAAAUUCCAGCAGACAAAAAGAAGGAGUUGGAAAACAGAAGUGUGAAGAUUAAUGGGCAAGUAUCUGGUGUCAUUACUCCUCCGCUAGGGGGCCACACAUCAGACACCAACGGCUUCUCAGAGGACACAUCUGAUUGGCUGUCUUCAGACAUGGAGUACCAAGGAAACACUGAUAAGGGAAUCGUUAGAGAUACUAUCAAUUUAAAGGUAAAAGAAGUAGUCACAGGAUGUGAAGCAAAGUCACUUGAGAGUGAAAAGUCCAGAGAUAAUCCAACAUGCAGUGAUAGCCAUUGUAACCAAACCAGACUCCCUUCAACCAAUAAUCCAGGAAUUAAAGGAUACCAAAAUGGAGAGCCAAAGAAUAAUUUCAGAAUCCCCGUAGGUGGCGUACCAUUGUUUGGGAUGACACCUGGCGCACCCAUGUCAUCGGGGGUAAGUGGAGGAGUGCCGCUGUUCUUGUUACCAGGGCACGGCCCUGAAGUGGCACGACUACUGGAGGUUCUCCAACAACAACAACAUACCCGUCAGACAUUGGCUGACAUGACAGACGGGGCAGUCUCAUUGGGUGACACAUCUCAAUUUGAGACAAGUGAGAGGAUCUCAGAAGGGGACUACACAGAGUACUCAAACAUUGGAGACGAAACUUCCUCAUCCAGUGAUUCUCGGGGAAAGCUUGAGAAAAACCAUUCUCAGGAUAGCUCUGAGGCAGAACUGAAACACCUUGGAGGUAGUCGGACUCCUAGUGAGGAUCUAGCUCACUACAUGUCUAGAGAAUCUCGCUUAACAGAUCCCCAGCGUCUGACAGAUUCGGGGUGUGAAUCUCAAAGUCGACCCGAGUCUAAUCAGGGAUGUAAGAUCCAGGAAGAUGAAAGUCUGAAGAAAAUCCGACUGUUAAGAGAAUCUUUGCAAAAACCUAUGGAAGAUGAUAAAUUAAAUGACAGGUCUUUCGGAUCUGGGGAUCUUCACAUGGAUGACUUAAGCUCAGGAAGAAGAGGGAAUGUUUCUCCAGGAAUGUCUUCCCUGGAAACAAAACCAUUAGCACCUAAAUGUAAACCAGAACAGCAUUUUACAAGACGAUUGAUAGAAGAUGUUGAUGAAUACAGAAGUAAGAACAACACAUCUGGUGAUGGCUACAGAGAAAGAGCAGAAAGAUUCCCAAAAGGUGAAAAGCAGUUUGAUAAAGACUUGGUUCAUCUCUUGACUGAUGAGAUAAGAAACCUGAAAUCAAAGGUUCUUACUUUGGAAAGAUCUCAGGAAGGAACGGGGCCUGACAGUUUGGAGCAGCAGGAGCGAGGCAGGAACACAGAAAGGAGCCGUUUGCCAAAAGGCCCCUCAAAGAGAUCCUCACGUGAGUCACCUCCAAGAUCUCUGUUACGCUCUCCAGAACGUACUAGUCUCUCCAGCAUAGAGGCCAGCAGGAGAGCUCGAGACACUGUCAGUGAUCUCCUAGUUACUAUGCAAAGUCCUUUAAGUCGGAAGACUGCUGAAGAUGAUAUAGACCAAAGAUCCCGCCGAGACUUGAGCAGACGGCCAUUGUUAUCAUAUCAUGGGUUUGGGCGAUCAUUAUCAGAAGAUAGACUUCACAGGAAUCAGUGUCGCCGAAGAGAAAAUCAUUCACCAGUUGAUGAUUGGAGGUCUAGAAGUUUCCAUGGACACAGUGAACAAAGUCAGGAUCCUGACUAUUAUCGUGAAGCCCGCUCCAGAAGUUUGCAAGAUCUUUCGGGAAGGAAGAUUCCCACGGGCAUACUGAUGGAUGAUGAGCUGAUUGUAAAGCCUCCAUCUGCAGCACCCAUCAAAUAUGGUUACAGCAGCCCCAUACAGAAAGUCUCCUCUGACAUUUGGGGUGUGGACAUAAAAGAUUUGGACAGUCUAGAACCUGGAAGGCAGGAAAAAUGGAAGCGGCUGACAGAGCCCAAGAAAUUCAUGACUGACAGUCAAAUCAUCGAGCUCAAGCAAUGUCUGGCCAGCGCUACAAUGGAGAAUGAAAUCCUGCAUGCCAAGGUGGGCAAUGCCAGUCAUGAGAUAGGUGAAAAGAUGACCAAAAUGGCCCAAGUUUUAGAGGAAACCAAGCUGUCCUUGAUUAAGACUCAGGCCGAGAAUGAAGAGUUGCACACUCAGUUGAACAGAGAAAGGUUAAGGUCAGACACUUUAGAGGUCAGGGUGGCUGACCUUGAAGGCUCUCUGACCAAGUCAAGGUCAGAUUGUGAGCGUCUUGAACAGGAGCUUGAAGAGGCACGGACCCUGUUGGGUGGGACCGACGCUGAUGGUAUUCACAAGGUGGAACAGGAGAAUUAUCAGUUAAAGAGACAACUUAAUGUCAGCAAACAAGAACAGAAGAAAACUAAAGAGGAGCUAGAGAGCAUGAAAGUGAGCCGGGACCGAGCCCAUUCUGCUGUGAAGGAUCUGCAGGUUAAGCUUGAUGACACAAGAGAAGAGAACCACUUCCUAAGCCAAGAAAUCAAUGAGGUCAAAACACAGGAACGAUCUUACAGGAAAACAGCGACACUUCUGACACGGGCUGCAGAUAUCAAAGAGAGGUUUUCCAACAGGGAUGAGAAAAUGAGUGCUAUCACUACCGAGGAUCGACUCCAAGCUGAUCGGAUUCAUUCCUUCUCCCCCGCCACCCCUGCACACACCUAUACCACAUCUACACCAUACUCUAAGCUGAAGAGUUCUGAGCCCUUGAUGACGAGUAGUCCCUCCAGGGGGCACUUUAUACCACGAUCUGUCUCCCCAACAGAUAUCAGCCCAGUAAAGAACUACCCAUCAAGACCCAAAUCCUACAACUAUGAGGAGAUUUCGCCCGCUGUCAAGUCAUCCUUCAGAGAAAUCUACCCACAUCGCAGAGGAAAGACUUCAGCCCUCCAUACAAGAGAUGCUUUUCAAGAUGUUACCCCAGGGGAUGAAGGGCGUAUGAAGUGGUCUCUGACCGGUCAGCUUAACUACUCAGACAGUGACCUGGGUGAGAGUCAAGCAGAGAAGCCAUAUAUAGAUGGGUACAUGGACAGUCGGCCACCCCACCGUGACCCACUGAGAGAAUCCCAAACCUCACAUACGUCAAGGUCACGCCAAGGUGGAAGCAGAAGUUAUGCCGAAGAAAUAGAAAAUCUCAAGUCCCACCUCUCCCGGUCAUAUCUCAGUGAGGACAAUGGGCCUCGACAAAGACCUCGCUCAACAGAUCCUCAUUCCUUAGCACUGCAUCAUCAUUCAGGGCUCAACAACAGUUACCAUGGCAACUCAGGGUAUGACUGGGAAAUGAGAACUCCUCAAGGGAGAUCACUGAGUGAGUUUACUCCACAGAGACCGUUCAAAGCUGCAGGCCGUUCUCCAGUAAGAAGUAGUGGUCCAGUCCGAGGAAUUCUCAAACCUGCCAGUAGCGAUCAGGACCUCAGGAGAAUUGGCAGGAGUUCUCCACCCAGCCGGCGGAGUGCUAGUCCUAAUGUCACCUUCAACAUGGAGGUUGCAUCACGAGCCAUCUCCCCACAGAGUACGAUCAGUCGCCAUGAGACGGUGGGACAUCUGAGAGGCCAUUCGCAUUCCGGAGGGGUUCCACUGUUUGGGGUUCCAGCCCGUCGCUAUGGCAUCGUUCGAAAUCUAAACGAUGAGUUUGAAGACGAGGAACCAGUCCGAGACUCUGAGAACCAUUCAAUUCAGGGGUUCCGUGCCAAGAACUGGUUUGAAAAUAAAAACAGCUGUGACGCCUCUGUACUAACCAUGGACCAGCGGCAGUUCGCUGAUUUCCUCAUUGAUAAAUACCUGAACCAUCGUGUACCCUACCUGGACUCGGCCUGUCCCAGUGUCUAAGAGAUUUGAGGCACAGAGUUUGCUAAGAAGUGUGAUGUUUAUUUGUGGCAGCAGCCAAUGUACAUUUGGAGGUCCAGUGGAUAAGCAGCAUUCACAAAGGAACAUUCAAGUUGAAAUUGUAGUCCACUAAUAUAAAAGCUCUGUAUGUGGCUUACAGGAAUUUGAAAAAAAAAAGGGAAUACAGACGGAAGGGGGAGGAGGUCUUUUUGUUAUGAAAUACAAUGUUAGUGAGUUGUCCCCGUUUGUGAAUUUUGAAGAGAAUGAUAAAGUUAUUACAUAAUUGUGAUAUUUAUAUGUGCAUGUACUAUGCAUAACUGCUAUUGCUGUUUCCUGUAUUAACCCUACAAAAACACCUAUGCUAACGAUGCCUGUAUGCAAAUGAGUAGUACUGGGCUUCAGCAGACGCGUCAGUAUUAUAGCAUGUAUAAGUUAAUGAGGGUAUGUCAGUACUAGACUGCACGGCAGUAUUAAAUGUCAUACAAUUAGUACUGUGGUUGUUCCGUCAUUGUUGGGUAAGGAGUUUUUUGGAAGGCUUCCAAUUCUGCAUUGUUAUGCUGGCCUUUGUAUUAACCAGAUACUGUCAUAUCAUUGGUUAGGUCCUAAAUGAUGCCACUGUCAAGAUUAGAAUGUUAUAGACUGCUGAGUAUUAGGGUUACGGUUGCAGUGGGCUUCAUACUGUACGAUUCACGUCAAUGCAGGACAAAAUUGUCUCUUGUGGACAAGAUACAGAUAUAUGUAUCAAAGAAAAACAAACGAAUAGCGACAUGUAUGUGCGCAAAUAAAAUGUAUGUUAGAAUGGAAUUCUACCUCAAAACAUUAUGAGUUUUGAAUUUCAAUUUUUCUGGUAUCUUUCUGAGAGCUCUGUUGUUUUGUUCAUUACCUUAUUAUGGUACUCGUGGAGGAAUUAGCCAACUGCAUUUUUCAUUAUUUACAUGUAAGUUUGAUUUUAAUAUUGUGCUGUAAGUUCUUGCAUGUUAUAUGUUAAAUGUUAUAACCACUUUUGUAUUCCUUUUUACUUAUGACAUAAUAUAUGUUUGUAUAUAUUAGAUAUGUGCACAUAUUACAACUGUAGCAUAAGGGCACUUAUGUUUAUGAUGGUAUUGUUUUGAUGUUUAAAUUUUAAUGAAAUUUACAUGUAAUUAUUACCAGUCUGACUGGUGCUGAUUAGAGCAAAAGCUG